AUGACCGAUCAUUCAGGAAAACCAAUAAUGGAUGGAAACAAACCUGCUGGACUUUUUGCCAUUGGAGCUGGACAUGUAAAUCCAGAAAGAGCAAUGAAUCCAGGACUGAUAUAUGAUAUCAGGGAAGAGGAAUACAUCACUCAUUUAUGCACUCUUGGAUACACGAGAUCACAAAUUUUCACCAUUACUUACAGGAACGUGAGCUGCCAUGAUACUAUGCAGAAGAACAUGGGCUUUAGCCUCAAUUACCCCUCCAUUUCUGUGACUCUGAGGCCCAUGAUGAUGAGUAAGAUGAUUAAGAGGCGACUGACAAAUGUAGGGAUCGCUAAUUCCACUUACUCAGUGGAAGUGGUAGCACCUCAGGGAGUCAAAGUAAGAGUUAAACCACGGCGACUGAUAUUCAAACACACUAAUCAAAUUUUGAGUUACAGAAUUUGGUUUAUAUCGAGGAAGAGAACAGGGGCAGAGAAGGUGAACUUUUCUCAAGGGCACGUGACAUGGGUGAACUCUGGCAAUAGAUUCUGCAGGGUUAGGAGUCCUAUCUCAGUGACAUGGGCAUCAAAGAAGUAGUAGAACUCAAACUAGUAUCAGCUUUAAUUCCUUCAUUCUUGUUCACGAUGAUAAAGAGGAUGAAUUUGUAAUUUUAAUUUCAACAGGAGGUUGCAGCAUGUCUCAGAAACUAAG